AUGGCGGAAGUGGAGGACAAGCUCAAGGACUACGAGAUAAAGAAGGAGGGAGAAGCAGAGAUCCUCUUGCACAAGAAGAACGCCGUCUUCUAUAAUCCCGUGCAGGUUCACAACAGAGACAUGUCCAUUGCUGUUUUAAGGACCUUUGUUGCCAAGCGCAAGGAAGAACAUGAAGCGCUGGUGGACAAGAGGAAUACAUCACUUGAAAAAAACAAACAGAGUGAAACAUCCAGUCAAAAUAGAGAGGAUGCGUCAACUGGGCAGCAAGAUGAAAUGGAUGUUGUUUGUGAAAAGGAGCUAAAUAAAGCUGAAGAUCAAAUUGAUGAUCUGUCAAAAGAAGCAACAAAACCUUCCUGGAAAGUAACCAGAGAGCUUAAGCCACCACUUGUCCUCGAGGCUUUAGCUGCUACUGGGUUGCGAUCACUCCGGUAUGCCCGUGAAGUUGAGGGCUUAGGAAAGGUAGUUGCUCUGGAUAAUGAUAAAGCAUCUGUCGAAGAUUGCAAGCGAAACAUAAAGUUCAAUGGCGCUUCCGCUGCUAGUAAGGUGGAAGCUUACUUGGUUGAUUCUCGAAUUCACAUGCUGAUGCAUCCAAAAGAAUUUGAUGUGGUUGAUCUUGACCCUUAUGGAUCACCAUCUAUAUUUCUCGACUCAGCUGUACAGGCUGUUGCUGAUGGUGGUUUAUUAAUGUGCACUGCCACUGAUAUGGCAGUUCUUUGUGGUACCAAUGGAGAAGUUUGUUACUCGAAGUAUGGUUCAUUCCCAACCAAGGGCAAGUAUUGCCACGAAAUGGCUUUGAGGAUCCUCCUUGCCAGUAUUGAGAGCCAUGCAAAUCGGUACAAGCGAUAUAUUGUGCCUGUUCUCUCUGUGUUCAUGGAUUUUUAUAUCCGUGUUUUUGUUCGAGUAUUCACUUCUGCAAGUGAAAUAAAGAAUACACCUCUUAAACUUUCUUACAUAUAUCAGUGUGUUGGCUGUGACUCUUUCCAUCUUCAAUGUCUUGCGAGGACUGUUCCGAAGAAGAAUAAUGGUGUGAAGCAUGCACCUGCUAUUGGACCUGUUGUUCCUCAAGAAUGCAGUAAUUGUGGAAAGAAAUUUAAUAUAGGUGGGCCAAUAUGGUCAGCUCCUAUUCAUGAUCAAGACUGGGUAGUUUCUACUUUGACAGGUGUUAAGUCGAUGAAGGAUAGAUAUCCUGCAUAUGAUAAAAUUACUUCAGUUCUGACUACUGUGUCAGAGGAGUUACAUGACAUUCCAUUGUUUUUCAGUCUCCAUAACAUAGCUGGCACUGUUAAGUGCACAUCUCCAUCUUUGGUUAUGUUUCGGUCUGCAGUUCUAAAUGCAGGGUAUCAGAUCUCAAGCACCCAUGUUAACCCACUUGGCGUUAAGUCUGAUGCCCCUUGGGAUGUUAUUUGGGACAUCAUGCGCUGCUGGGUGAAGAAUCAUCCUAUUAAGGAACAGCCCCGUGAUUCGCCAGGCACAGCGAUCCUUUUAAAAUCACCAAAGCUAGAAGCAAAUUUUUCAAGAGCAGUUGCUGCCCUCAGCAAGGCUCAGGCAAAGAAGAUUAAACGAUUCCUUCCAAACCCAGAACGGCACUGGGGUCCGAAGGUCAGAGCAGGCCGGAAGAUCACGAGCAAACAUAUCUCUCUGUUGGGCCCUGAGGCUAUCAAUGGCGCUCUGAAUGGUGGUGACUGCCACAAAGAAGGAAACGGUGCUGCGCCAGAUAAUACAUCCCCAGAACCCGAGGGGAUCAAAGACGUUGAGAAUGAACCCUCAAACAAACGCCAAAAAACCAGCGACGGCGAACCAGCAAGCGAACCUUGA